UUAUAAAUAAUUCUGACAGUUUUCAGUCAGUAGCAACUAGUCAACUCUAUAGUGUGGUUCAUUUAUAACUGACAGCAUUGUUUAAAUGGGAACCAUUGAUGUUAUUUAUGAGAAAUACUGACAGUUCACAGUGAGUAGGAACAACUAGGAACUGAAACUAUAACUAUCGGUGAAGAGUAUUAUUGUGCUCUAUGUGACUGUUAUAGUUAGUUGUGUUUUUUAAUAGCGAAAUUGGAAGACACUAACGCCUGGUUUACAAUAUAUUUGAGUGCGUAUUAUAGAUGGCAGCAACUGAAAUAAUGCUGACACCUGCUGUGAAAGAGGUGGGCUCCGGCUACACAGCGACAUUCCUAUCGCUGUUGUUUGGCGUGGCUGUAGCGCUGGUUGCCUAUUACCGCAUGAACAGGCGCAGACUCUAUCAGCUGGCAGCUGAUAUUCCGGGUCCUACCGGAUAUCCACUCCUGGGUAACGCUUUGGAGUUCGUUGGUAGUCCCAAUGAUGUGUUUACAAGAAUCGUGGACAAGGGAGACACGUAUAAGAAUAUGUUACGCAUGUGGAUAGGCCCUCGCUUGCUAGUCUUCAUCUACAAACCAGAUGAUGUUGAGGUCCUUCUGAGCAGCAGCCAGCACAUCAACAAAGGCCAGGACUACGACUUCUUCCGGCCUUGGUUGGGCAACGGUCUCCUGAUCAGCGGAGGCGACACCUGGCGGCGACAUCGCAAACUGAUUGCUCCCACCUUCCACCUCAACAUCCUCAAGUCGUUCAUCGACCUGUUCAACGCCAACAGUCGAAUGCUCGUCACCCGGCUCAAGAAAGAGAGCGCCACCCGAAGAGAGUUCGACGUGCACGACUACAUGAGCGAGUGCACUGUUGAGACACUCUUGGAAACUGUGAUGGGACUAGACAAGACAACCCAAAAUGAGACCAGUGGCUAUGACUACGCAAUGGCUGUCAUGAAGGUAUGCGAUAUUUUGCAUCUGCGACAUACCAAGAUGUGGCUGAGACUAUUCAUAUUUAACAUGACUAACACAGCAAGGAGCAGGAUUUGCAUCCUCAAUACAAUACAUUCACUCACAACAAACGUCAUGAAUAAGAAAAAGGAAAACUAUUUCCAGUCGAAGAACAGUAUCAACGGUUCGGCGCAGAAAGAAAAGACAGUUGUGGAAACGAAUAAUGCGAAAAACAAAACUGAAACAAAAAAGAAAACUGAUGCUAAAAAUGGUGAGGAGAGCAAAUUUUCCUACGGACAGGCUGCUGGAUUAAAAGAUGAUUUGGAUGUUGAUGAUGUGGAUUUUGUUUUGGGUGAGAAGAAAAGAAUGGCUUUCUUGGAUCUGAUGAUUGAAAGUUCGCAAGACGGAAAUCUGAUAACAGACAAGGAGAUAAAGGAGCAGGUGGAUACAAUUAUGUUUGAGGGUCAUGAUACAACGGCCGCAGCUACAAGCUUUUUCAUGUGCUUGAUGGGAUGUCGUCCUGAUAUACAGGAAAAAUGCCUGCAAGAAGUAGACUCGUUAUUUGGGGACUCAGACAGGUACAUCACUUUUGAAGACACCCUGGAACUGAAGUACUUGGAAAGAUGCAUCAUGGAGACACUGAGACUGUUCCCCCCUGUACCCCUAAUCAGUCGACAGCUAGAAGAGGAGAUGAGACUCAGUAAGUUGACUGAUGUAAAAGAAUAG